AGUCAUCAUAAAACUUUCAUUGAUAAAAUAUUUGAAUACAAUGAAUACAUUUGUUUUCAAUGUUUAAAAGAUUUCAUUUAAUUAUGUUAAAUUGUAAUUGGUCCUUAUUGAAGGGUUUAAUCAAAUCAAUUAAAAUUGAAACUUAUUAAGUUAGUAUGAAGUCGAAGCCUAGGUAAGUUCAAACAUUCAUUAAUAUUUUUAAUAAAUAAAACACUCCUUAAUGAUACGACUUAUACAAUUAUAAAUAAUCAAUCUUCUCUAAACAUAAUAUUUUCGAAUGUUAGCAAACACAACAAAUAUUUUUUGCAACUUAUACUAAGUUAAGGAAGAUUUGACUUUGACGUGAUUUAAUAUUAUUAAACAAUUAGAUUAUGUGAUUGAUAUAUUAAGUCUGAACUUUGCUCUGAACAUGAAGUAAAACUUGAUUAAAAGCUUCAGCUUCAAUUUGUAUAGUUUUUAAUAUUCAACAUGACUUUUCAUCUGUGGCUUUAAACAUUCAUUGAUAAUUAUCUUGUAAGGGAUCACAUCACAUUUAAAUCUUAUAAUCAUAUCUAUGUUAUCAUUAAGUUAGUUUGUUUUAGCAGCUUAUUCAACAUUAUUAUUAUUUAUAUUUGUUGAAUUAAUUUCAGAAGAAAAUAUAAUUCAUUGCAAUACUGAAUCCUAUUAAAAACAGUGUG